AGCAGGGGGCAGAGAGAGAGCCCGUCUUCUUUCUAAGCAGAAAAGCAGAAAAAGAAAAGACACAGGCAAACACCCUGUUGACCUGAGAGAAGUAAACUCCAGAAGGGAACCAAGAACUCUUCCCUUCCCUGUUUUUGCACUGCCUCUCCAAAAUGGAAGCUAUUACAUUUGCUUGAACUAGUAUAACCAAGUGGAAAGACCUGCAAGGAAAGAAGAAGAUACUUAAAGGAACUCUGAACUACAGUACCCAGUUGUAGUGAGCUUUUUGCUAAGCUGUUUCAGCCCAGAAUGGCUGUGGAAUCCAGAGCAAUUUCAACCCUGGUACCUCAGAAUCCUCAGGAACAAGAACUAAUACUGGUGAAAGUAGAAGAAAGCCUUUCCUGGGGUCAGAAAUUUAAACAGAAUGGGAGCACCCAAUCCUGCCAAGAAUUGUUUCGCCAGCAAUUCAGGAAGUUUUGCUACCAGGAGACACCUGGGCCCCGGGAGGCUUUGGGCCGACUCCAGGAGCUUUGUUAUCAAUGGCUCAUGCCAGAGGUGCACACUAAGGAGCAGAUCCUGGAGCUGCUGGUCCUGGAGCAGUUCCUGAGCAUCCUGCCUGAGGAGCUGCGGAUCUGGGUUCAGCAACAUAGUCCAAAAAGCGGCGAGGAAGCUGUGACUCUCUUGGAGGAUUUGGAGAGGGAAUUUGAUGAUCCAGGGCAGCAGGUCCCCACUAGUCCACAGGGACCAGCAGUACCAUGGAAAGAUUUGACAUGUCUUGCAGCAUCCCAAGAUUUAACAGACAUCCAACUCCAGCCUUUAAAGAUGCAGCUGAAACCCUGGGAACCUUGCCUUUCCCCGAAAAGUGAUUGUGAGAACGAUGAAUCAGUGACAAAGGACAAUUUGGGAGAAAAAUCACAAGGACUUCGCCAGGGACCUUCAUUUGGAGCAGUUAGUGAACAUGAAAGCAAUUUAAAGUGGCAGCAAGGAAGUCCUACAGUGGAGCGAUUAAGAAAAUCCCCUUCCCAAGGGGGCAGUUUUAGUCAAGUAACCUUCACACACAAAUCUCUGGGAAAGAGAGACCACCAUGAUGAGUCUGAGAGAAGCUUGAUUCUAAGCACAAACUCGAUAACGUAUCAGAAAGUUCCUGCAGAAGAGAGACCCUAUAGAUGUGACGUAUGUGGGCACAGCUUCAAACAGCAUUCCUCUCUAACGCAACAUCAGAGAAUCCAUACCGGAGAAAAGCCCUAUAAAUGUAACCAGUGUGGAAAGGCCUUUAGUUUGAGGUCAUAUCUUAUUAUUCAUCAGAGAAUUCAUAGUGGUGAGAAAGCAUAUGAAUGUAGUGAAUGUGGGAAAGCCUUCAAUCAGAGCUCAGCCCUCAUUAGACAUCGGAAAAUUCAUACUGGUGAGAAAGCUUGUAAAUGUAAUGAAUGUGGCAAAGCAUUCAGUCAAAGUUCAUAUCUCAUCAUACAUCAAAGAAUUCACACUGGCGAAAAACCCUAUGAGUGUAAUGAGUGUGGGAAAACCUUUAGCCAGAGCUCAAAGCUUAUUAGACACCAGCGAAUUCAUACAGGAGAGAGACCUUAUGAAUGUAACGAAUGUGGAAAAGCUUUCAGGCAGAGCUCAGAGCUGAUUACCCAUCAGAGAAUCCAUAGCGGAGAGAAACCCUAUGAAUGUAAUGAGUGUGGAAAAGCCUUCAGUUUGAGCUCAAACCUCAUCAGACAUCAGAGAAUUCAUAGUGGAGAGGAACCUUAUCAGUGUAAUGAAUGUGGUAAAACCUUCAAAAGGAGCUCAGCCCUUGUGCAGCAUCAGAGAAUCCAUUCUGGAGAUGAAGCUUAUAUAUGUAAUGAAUGUGGAAAGGCUUUCAGGCACAGAUCAGUCCUUAUGCGCCAUCAGAGAGUCCACAGUGUAAAGGUCCUCCAGCAUAGUCACGGCUUCCUCUCCAUCCUCUGGUCGGUGAUCUCGCAGCCAGGCCUGCAGCUCCUCGGGCAGGAUGGCCAGGAACUGCUCCAGCACCAGCAGCUCCAGGAUCUGCUCCUUAGUGUGCACCUCUGGCCUCAGCCACUGACGGCAAAGCUGCCGGAGCCGGCUCAGAGCCUCCCGGGGCCCAGCAGAGUCAGACAUCAGCCACGGAGCAUGGACCCCACGACAGACUUAUUAAGCCAGAAGCUCCAUGGGUGCAGCUUCACCUGCGGCCUGGCACACCGGAGGCUCCCGGUAAGUGCUGGAGGAGUCAAUGGACGCAAGGGCGGGAUGAGCGCGCGGACUGACAAAUGCAUGAACGGAUGGAUGGAACCGCGGGCGGGCGGGAGGACCGUAGCGCCGACGAGGGGCGGCCUCCUGGUCCAGCCGCAGGCUCUGCCCCUGGCACAGGCAGGCCGAGGCAAGGCGGCGGGGAGGGCUGAUGCCGCACGGGGGCGGUUUGGGAAGCACCCAGUGCCGCGCUGCCCGGCCGCCUCACUCACCCUUGGCUCCGCGGGCUGCGGGGACGACCCCAGAGAGAGAGCAGGACGGCCUCUCGCCGCACGCCGGAAGUGGGGCGGGCGCGCCCCUCUAGGAAGGCGGGAGGACUGCAGCUCUGUAGCGGGCGCGCGGCGCCGGGGGGCUCCGGGGCAGGAGCGAGGGGUAGGGGAGAAGGACCGUGUCUCCGGGUGUUCGCAAAUUGUGGUCCCAGGAUCAGCAGCAUCCGCAUCACCUGAGAACCUGGGCUCCCACCCUAGAUCUACCGAGUCGGAAACCCUGGGGGUGGGGCCCAGCAAGCAGUAUUUUAACAAGACCUCCAGAACCGGCAGACAGGAUAGCACGGGAUCUGCGCGGCUGGUCAACCAGGUUUCUCGCUAUGCCGAGCGGGGACAGCUCCGCGGAUGUUUGGGGGUUAAAUCUCGGCAGCCCUACCCUCACCUCCGCCCCCCUCGCGCCGCCGCCCCGCGCGUGCGCACGUGCGAGGCCACGCGCCAUAGAGCUGAGCAAUCCUCCCAGAUUCCUAGAGCGGCCGGGGUGAUGGCUGGUUCGCCGCGCGUGGGGCUUGAUAGCGACCUGGACAACACUUCCAGAUUCCCUUCCAAGUGCAGUGGUGCCCAGUUGCCACCAGGUCUCAGACCCCUACCUGGACAAGAAAAGCUUACUGAGGAAAUGGUAAUUCUCCAGUUGCGCCCUGAGGUGUCAAGUGUCCAGCUGCAGCCCAUGGAGAUCCAGUUCAAUUGUGAAUCUCAAGAACACCACUUUCUGUCGGAUGGUGAGACUAAGACCAAGACUGGAGAGGUGGCUUCAGAGGAGGAAAUGACAGCAAAAAUUGAACCAUUGACUGAAGACUCUAGCAACCUCAGAGAUAAUGUUCUCCAGCAUUCUGAAUGCAGAGAAUUCUGUGAAUUUGGAGAUAAAUUAAGUGGAAAGGAUCAGAACCUCUUUAAAAGAAGACAACAUAACUGUGAUGAAUGUGGCCAAAGCUUUUCUUGGAGUACAGGCCUUAUUAGGCAUCGAAGCACCCACUGGGAGAAACCCUAUGAAUGUGAUAAGUGUGGAAAAGCCUUUAGUGUGAGCUCUGCCCUGGUUUUGCAUCAGAGAAUUCAUACUGGGGAGAAACCCUAUCCUUGUAAUUGGUGUAUUAAAAGUUUCAGUCGUAGUUCAGACCUUAUUAAACAUCAACGGGUCCACACUGGUGAGAAACCUUAUAAAUGUCAUGAAUGUGGGAAAGCCUUCAGUCAGAGCUCAGAUCUUAUUAUACAUCAGAGAAUCCAUACAGGAGAAAAACCCUAUCAGUGCAGUCAUUGUAGUAAAAGUUUUAGCCAGCGCUCAGACCUAGUUAAACAUCAGAGAAUCCAUACUGGAGAGAAGCCUUAUACAUGUAACCAGUGUAACAAACAUUUUAGUCAGAGUUCUGAUGUUAUAAAACAUCAAAGGAUCCACACUGGGGAGAAACCAUAUAAAUGUGACGUGUGUGGAAAAGCCUUCAGUCAGAGCUCAGAUCUUAUUCUACAUCAGAGAAUCCACACUGGGGAGAAACCAUAUCCAUGUAAUCAGUGUAGCAAAAGUUUCAGUCAGAACUCAGACCUUAUUAAACAUCGAAGGAUCCACACUGGAGAGAAACCCUAUAAAUGUAAUGAAUGUGGGAAAGCCUUUAAUCAGAGCUCGGUCCUUAUUCUGCAUCAGAGAAUUCACACUGGAGAGAAACCCUAUCCAUGUAAUCAGUGUAGCAAAACCUUCAGUAGACUUUCAGAUCUCAUUAAUCAUCAACGAAUCCACACUGGAGAGAAGCCUUACCCGUGUAACCAGUGUAGUAAAAUGUUUAGUCGAAGAUCAGAUCUUGUUAAACAUCACAGAAUUCAUACAGGUGAGAAACCCUAUGAAUGUGAUGAGUGUGGGAAAACCUUUAGUCAGAGCUCAAACCUUAUCCUACAUCAGAGAAUCCACACUGGGGAGAAACCCUAUCCAUGCAGUGAUUGUACUAAAAGCUUUAGUCGGCGUUCAGAUCUUGUUAAACACCAAAGAAUACACACUGGAGAGAAACCAUAUGCCUGUAAUCAGUGCAAAAAAAGUUUUAGUCAAAGCUCGGACCUCACUAAACAUCAGAGAGUACACUCUGGGGAAAAGCCCUAUCACUGUGAUAGUUGUGAGAAAGCCUUCAGUCAGAGUUCUGACCUUAUUCUUCAUCAGAGAAUUCACACUGGAGAAAAACCCUAUGCAUGCACACAGUGCGGCAAAAGUUUCAGCCAGAACUCAGACCUUGUCAAACACCAGAGAAUCCACACUGGGGAAAAACCAUAUAAGUGUAGUGAGUGUGGGAAGGCUUUCAGUCAGUGCUCAGCUCUCAUCUUACAUCAGAGGAUCCACACUGGAGAGAAACCAUAUCCAUGUGAUCUAUGUGGCAAAAACUUUAGUCGGCGCUCUGAUCUCGUUAACCAUCAAAGAGUCCACACUGGUGAAAAUCCAUAUAAAUGUGAUGCAGGUGGGAAAGCCUUCAACACAUGCCCUGAUAUUAUUGAACACCGGAGAAUCCACAGUGGGGAGGAGCCCCACAGGUGUGUUCAGGGCCGCAGAAGUUUUAGCCAACUCUCUGAUCUUAUUAGUCAUGAGAAAGUCGGUUCUGGGGAAGACAGUGUAAAAGAGAUGAAUGUGGGAAAACCUUUAGUGUGUCCACCAACUUUACUCAGUACCAGAGAUGCUAUACCAGAAAAAAAUCUUAUGAAUGCUAUUGAUGAUUAUGAAAAAGGUUUUAAUCAAGGCUCAACUCUUGUGCUACAUUAAAAACAAAAACCCACACUGGAGAGAAAACACAUUAAUUCGUUUUUUAUAAUGAAAGUUUAACUCAGAGCUCAAACAUUACUAAACUUCGGGAAAAUUCUGAGGAGGAAUCCUGUGAGUUGUGAGAAAACCUUCAAUGUGAAUAAAAAUUUUACAGAAUGUCAGCAACAAUGGAAAGAAAUUCCUAUCUGCUAUAAUGUUAAGAAAAGUUCUAGUCUUUUAUUCAAACAAUCCACAAGAGGAGAGUUUUGUCAUUGUAAGAAAUGUAUAACAUUAAUGCAGAGCCUUACCAGAUAUUGUAAAAACCAGUGUGGUGGGUGUGCAGGAGAUUCAUUAGUGUUAGAAUCUCAAGCCUUUAGUGAGCCCAAGUUACCUAUUGCAUAUCAGAGAAACUAUUUUAGGGAAUGUAGGCAAAACUUAAAUCCCUUUCAUAUCUUAAUUGGCAUUCUCUCUGAUAUCACACUUGUCUCCUGACAGCUGGAGAGUCCUACCUUAUGCUAAUACUAGUUAUCAUUAAAUUCCCUGUGUGUGAACAUGCUAUGCUAUUCUGGUAUUAAACUUACUAUAUAACACCAGUGCCCCAUUUUCUCAGGAUUUUUUUUUUGGCCUAGUUUUAGUUUUCCUAGUGAGCAUGAGUUUGCAAGUUCCUGUGAUGUUCACAGCAAAUAUGAAUCUAUUUAGCUGUCAAUAGUAGAGCCCAUAAUCUUUACUGGUUUGAAAUCACUUCUUCAAUUCUGCUAUUUAAUCAGUUUCUAAAUAUGCGAAACAAUUUUUAAAACAAAUCCAUAUGUCAAAAUGUGAAGAUUUCUCUGCUGCUCUGUUUAUCUUGUCAUCUAUAGAUUGAACAAAAAUGGUAGCUGAAGUAAUACCUACAUGACUAAUUUGUAUAGUAUAAUCUGUCUUAAAAUAAAAGGACCUAUUAUCUUUUUUUCAAGUGGCAA